CUUUUGUUUUAUACCCUGAAAGUGCAUAAAUACCAUCGCAUCAUUCAUCCAUUCUCUAAUCCACACCAUCCUAGCAGUCGGUGCACUCUGUUGUUUAAAGUCAAUAAACACUGCAGUUAGUAGAUAGUUUUAACAUUUAAAGUUUACAAUUACUUAAAAUGGGUAAACUUGGAGUUUUUGCUUUUGCAAUUACGAUAACCGUUGCUUUAGUAGUCCUUAGUUUGCCGGACGGAUCAAGGGCCAAUCCUCAUAUGGAAGAUGACAUGGAAAUGGCCGAAGCCCUGCACUUGUUGGAAAAACUGGACAAGUACUACUCUCAGAUUGCUCGACCCAGGUACGGCCGCAGUCUUGAAAACCGAAGGAGUGAUCUUUCUGCUAUUCGUUCUGAAAAAUCUGCCGUUAAAAGGGGAAGGAGAUAAAAAAGGCUUCCGCAAGGAAACUGUUCGACAAGAUCUAGCCAACAGUGCAAACGAUUUGAAAAGUUUCCUGAAAGAUGACGAGAACUGUUCGAAAUAUAUCGAUUGUUAGAAAUUAUCGUCUGUUUUAAUUUAUAUUUUAACUCUUUCCAGAUUUUGUACACGUAUGUUCCAAUAAUAAAGUCUUCGAUGUGCUGUUUUUGACAGUUG